UAGUUACUCUCUGCUUCACCUUUCCCCUAAUUCAUUGGUUUCAAAAAAGUUCAAUUUUUGCAUGAGAAGAGUACACACCAUUUCAUCUCCAUGAACUGUAACCAUGCCACUUUCCUUUGUGUUUCUUUGCCAUCACCACCACCACAUGUACUUUCACAUCGUGUGCUUUUCCCCAAAUGCAUAUCAAACAAAACCCUUUUGGCGCCCAAGGUGAGGAAGAGUAGGAAGACAAUUCUUAGAAUCAGAGCUUCAAAAGAGGAUAAUGGUCAAUCACCAAAUUGGUCUAACUGGAUUCCCACUGGCUCUUUUGCUGCUGAUAAAGUUUUCAGAUUGAUUUCUAGUGCUACAGCUAGUCCCAUUGGACAAUUUGUUUCUUCUCCCACCACUUUUCUUCACUCUAUUGAUCCUAGAGUCAAAUUGGUAUGGCUUUUAGUUCUGGUUGUUCUACCGGCAAGGUCACAUAUAAUUAUGCAAUUUGGAUUAGUAUUAUACUUGACUUUACUUUCAAUUUGGAUUCUACCAAGAAAUGCUUGGACGGAUCAAUUGGGGCGAGUUUAUUUUCUAUCGGCAUUGUUAUUCAUAACAUUAGGGCUGAGUUCAGAUGGUGUGCCUGCACUUGUUCAGUCGAGAACUCCAACACCCAUGGUGACAGGGAUUCCUAAUCUUCCUAUAUCUUUAACAGGCUAUUCAUAUGUAAUCUCAAAGUUAGGUCCAUUAACCUUUACGAGGAAAGGCUUAUCUGUAGGAAGCACUGUUGCAUGUUUGACUUUUACAGUAUUUCAAAGUGCAAGUCUCUGCCUCACAACCACAACCCCCGAACAACUAGCAUUUGCAUUACGAUGGUUUAUGCUUCCUCUGAGAUACAUAGGAGUAUCUGUAUCAGAAAUUGUGCUUACCCUUUUACUUUCAUUGAGAUUUAUCAGUCUAGUUUUUGACGAGGUCCGCAAUAUUGCUUUGGGAAUUGUAUCUCGUAGGGUAAAUUGGAAACAACUGACUGUUAUGGAGACAAUUGAUAUUUUCUUUAACUACUUCCGCCGCAUCUUCAAAAAUAUUUUCAGCCAUGCAGAGCAAAUUUCUCAGGCUAUGAUUGCCAGAGGUUUUAAAGGGAACAUAGAGACUCAUAAAAUUUAUUUUUUGUCAGAAUCAUCUUUUGGGAUGGCAGAUAUUGUAAGUUUGUUGUGCUUGACAGUUGUUGUAGGAGCUGCUCUCCUGUCUGAGUAUUACCUUGUCUAAUGAAUGAGAUAUAUGCCGCUUUUGACACGGUACGAGCACUUGCAUUGUAGCUGAUUUGGAUGAAAAGGCUACUUGGAAACUUUCUUGGAGAAGUCAAAUGAGUCAUUGUAGCUAUGUCCACAUAGUUGUCUUAUUAUUACACCAUGUAGGAAAACAUUGUUUUCUAAACAUCGUUUAAAUUUCUGUUUAUUAGAAGGGCUCCCUCUUGAUAUGGUAGGAAAUUUUUUGAAUCGAUUUCAAUGUGUAAUUAAAUCAUGAUCAAGCUUAUUUGAAAACCCUUAUUUCAUGAGCAUUUACUGUAAUUAUAUCAUAAAUAGAACUCAUUCUCAUUACGAUGAUAA